CAGAACGAGAGGCUGAGCGGAGCAGCGCAGCAUUCACAGCUCCUGCAUCCUGCAGAUGAGUCUGCUACAAGGAAGAGAGGGGGGAAAAGCGAUCCUGCCUCACAGAGAAAAAGAGUCACAGAUGAAGAGAGGCAGAAAGGGGAUGAAAAGCACAGAGGGAGAAAGAGGGCAAAAUGACAGGACCUGAGUAAAAGGUGCUGCCUGAGGAUAACUGCAGCGAUACUAAAUCUGGAGCUGUCAGGACAACCCUCAGUGAGCCAGCGAGUGAGAACGCCAAGGAGAGGAGGAGAGAAGAAGUGGAUUUGAAGAGCUGAUCUUAUCACUCUGAACAAGUAAAGAUGGGAACCCUGAAAGGCUCUCCAUCACCAGAUCAAACUUCACAUCAGAGAAAAGCCUUCAGAUCAUUGGUUUGAAGCUCCUUCUUCAGGGAAGUGACAAAACAGAGAAGAGACAUAUCCUAGCAGUUCCAAAAGCUGGUGGAACAGACCUCACACAGGACUCUUGCUGCCAAACUGCUCAGAGUGGCUCAAAUCUCUCCUGUCCUCAUCCCCCUCAGCCCUCCAUCACACCUGGCUACUCCUGCUGGAUGUCUUCUCUGCAUGCUCUCCCACUGCUCAGCAGUUGAACACACUCAUGGUCGAUGCCAAGGGAAGGAACAUGAAAUGUCUGACUUUUUUCUUAAUGCUUCCUGACUCGGUGAAAAGCAAGUCAAGCAAAAGCUCCAAAAAAGGGAAUGCCAGUGGCAGCUCCAAGCUGCCCCCAGUCUGUUAUGAGAUAAUCACCCUGAGGAGCAAGAAGAAGAAGAUGUCCGCGGAAAUUUUUCCCACCAAGAAGCCGGCAUCCUCCACCACCACCACCACGGUGCAGGAGUACCAGCAGCAGAACCUCAACAACAACAACACGAUACAGAACUGCAACUGGCAGGGACUCUACUCAACUAUAAGAGAAAGAAAUUCAGUGAUGUUCAACAAUGAGUUGAUGGCAGAUGUUCAUUUUGUCGUGGGUCAGCCUGGAAGGACCCAACGGCUGCCGGGCCACAGAUACGUACUGGCUGUAGGCAGUUCAGUGUUUCAUGCCAUGUUUUAUGGUGAACUUGCAGAGAACAAAGAUGAAAUUCACAUACCGGAUGUGGAACCAGCAGCAUUUCUGGCAAUGCUAAAGUAUAUAUACUGUGAUGAAAUUGACUUGACUGCUGACACCGUGCUGGCCACUCUCUAUGCUGCCAAGAAGUACAUUGUCCCUCACCUGGCACGCGCUUGCGUCAACUUCCUAGAGACAAGUCUGAGCGCCAAGAACGCCUGCGUGCUGCUUUCCCAGAGCUGCCUGUUCGAGGAGCCGGAAUUGACACAGCGCUGCUGGGAGGUGAUUGAUGCCCAGGCUGAGCUGGCAUUACGUUCGGAGGGUUUCUGUGACAUUGACUCCCAGACCCUGGAGAGCAUCCUACAGCGAGAGACACUCAAUGCUAAAGAGAUAGUGGUAUUCGAGGCUGCACUUAGCUGGGCCGAGGCCGAAUGUCAAAGACAAGAGUUCACAUCUUCUACUGACAACAAGCGUAAGGUCCUGGGGAAGGCCAUGUACCUUAUACGUAUCCCUACAAUGGCUCUGGAUGACUUUGCCAAUGGAGCAGCCCAGUCUGGCGUGUUGACGCUUAAUGAGACCAAUGACAUCUUCUUGUGGUACACAGCAGCCAAGAAGCCUGAGCUUAAGUUUGCAAGUCAACCGAGAAAGGGCCUGACGCCGCAGCGCUGCCACAGAUUCCAGUCCUGUGCCUAUCGUAGCAAUCAGUGGCGCUACCGCGGCCGCUGUGACAGCAUACAGUUCGCUGUGGAUAAAAGAGUUUUUAUCGCCGGGUUUGGCUUGUACGGAUCUAGCUGUGGCUCAGCAGAGUACAGUGCCAAGAUAGAGCUGAAGCGUCAAGGUGUGCUGCUGGGACAAAACCUCAAUAAAUACUUCUCUGACGGGUCCAGCAAUACCUUUUCAGUAUGGUUCGAGUAUCCAGUCCAAAUUGAGCCAGAUACCUUCUACACUGCGAGUGUUGUUCUGGAUGGAAAUGAGCUGAGCUACUUCGGACAGGAAGGGAUGACAGAGGUACAGUGUGGUAAAGUGACAUUCCAGUUCCAGUGCUCCUCAGACAGCACCAACGGCACCGGGGUGCAGGGAGGGCAGAUUCCUGAACUUAUCUUCUAUGCUUGACAACACGUGUAACUAUUUCUCUCAUUUUAGUGCACUUACUGAAGCAGAAAUGUAUCACUUUGUGCAUAACAGAAGGUGUUAUUUUGUUGCAGCUUGAUGUUAGACCCGUGAUAUGUUUUCUUUACUUAUUUUGACAUGACGAAUGGUCCAGCUCCUGGUCAAUUUGCCCCGUCACCAUUUCAUAAUGGACUACUAGCAUUUUAUUGGCUGAAUUACAUCAGUGAGUUUUUAAAAAAAAUUAUAUUUGCAGUGCUUUCAUAAAUUCUGAAAAUAAAUUUCUAACAUUUUGAAAAAUAUUUUCUGAACUAUUAGGAGAGUAUAUUUUGCUCCUUGACAACCAAUUUUAAAAAUAUUUAUUUUAUAUUCUACAGAUUAAAAACAGCUAUCUAAACACACUUUAUGCAUUUUUUUUUACUUAACACUGAAAUACACUGAGCCUCUUGUUUAAGUCAAUCAAGCGGAACAGAGUUAUUUGUUAAGAAACUUUAAGCAAUUAGUGAAAAUCCAAAUGUUAAUGUCAUUGCUUUGUACACUUCUGAUACAUUUUACAAGAUUUGACUUAAAUGGAGGUGAAAGUUGAUGUGUUUUAAGGGAACAUCCCAAAUACACAGCUCCCUUUUGUGACAUCACGUGAAGAUCAAGGAAGGAAGGUUCUGUGUCCCACAGAUGACUGUCAAUUAUUUGGUGCAAAAUAAUUGACCUCAGAUUUAAAGCAAAAGACAUUGUGAAGAUGUUGGCUGUCAUUAUCCACAAUAAAACCAGAAAAAAUGGUUGUGUUUUUUAUGUAGUGUAUAUAUUUGCUUUAAAGAAUUACUUUAAAUCCUUGGUUACCAAAGCUGGUUCAAAAUAGUCCUCUGGUGGGUAGAAAUUGAUGCACAGGUAGUAUGAAAGACCCUGCAUUGGAUGUUUCUAUUUCAUACUAGAAAAAAGUUAGGCACGAAAAGGUGAAGGAGCAAAGUAACCUAAACUGGACCAUUUCAAAUAAGUUGCUGAGUUGUCCAAAUAAAUAAACUGCCCUGAUGUCUUGCUCUAGAAUAAACAAACAAAAAAUUCCUUGCACUACAGGUGCAUGUACAGAUGAACAUAUGUAAAUUUUGAAAAAUGUAUACGAUGCCACAGUUGUGGCCUUUGUUGGCUGUAUAGAUAUCUUAUAUAAUAAAAAAAUGUUACAGUAUGUUUAUUAUUUCUAUACUUGCACAGAGUGCACAUAUAUAUGAGCAAUACUUGAUUGAAUGGUGAUCAUUUUAUUCCAGGAGUCUCUGGAUCCUUACCAGGGAGAUGAAAAAUACUGUACAGCUUUCAAAACCAACCCAUGUUUAAGAUCAUACACAUGGUUUGUCUAAUGAAUAUCAGUAAUGAGUAUUAGUUAUUUGCUUUUAGGUUGUUUAAAAUGGACUGCUGCCUUUACAAUAUUGUUCUGGAAGCAUUAAAUAACACCUUCUUUAAAUAACAUUUAUCUGCAUUCACACCCUCUUCAAACCAUCUUAGGAGGACCUCUUGCAAAACUAGGGCUGAACAAUAUUAGGGAAAAAAACAACAAUACUGGCGAAUGUUGAUAUUCAGCUCAAAUUUAGUUUCUUUUACUUUGGAAAUGAAACAACUAGGUUAUAAUUGCUUAAUGAUUUGACCAUAAUGCCAUCUUCUUAAUUUUUGUGCUGCAUUAAACAAGAGUCUCUAAGUAUUACAAGAGCUUGAGUGCAUGCUGCUUGAAAAAGUAGCCAACACUUGUUGCAGUUCUGGCAGUUCUUUGCGAUAUUGAGUAGAGUGGUAUUGCGAUAAAUUUGCAAUAUAUUGUGCAGCCCUAUGCAAAACAAUACCCUCAUUUCCAAUGCUGUUUUGCCUCACAUUUACAAAAUAUGAACAGGAAAAGGAAAUGGAAAUGAUAAAAUCCCAACUAAUCUCUUAUUAAUGCAUGAGCAAGGUUACAGACCUCAUUCAAGUAAUUUUCAUCAAGACUUACUAUGAGAGGGAAUGCAACAACAUGCCUGGUUAAAGACAUGUUUUAAAGUUUAUUUUUCUUCUUCAGAAAAUCUUUGAACGGUAUAACUUAUGUUGCUAUCCGUCAUUGUCACUAUGUAGCCUCAUGUAUUCGCCUUAAUCCAGGAAAGCAAGGUGUCUAAAUUUUUUUUUUAUUUAUUUUUUGCUUGAUAUUUGUUUUGCUUGUAAAAUAGAAAGCUGACUAAUGUGGAUAUGUCUAGAGGCAAAUGUAGAACUUAAAUCCUCACCAUUCACCACUUCCUGUUGAAAUUUUGUCCAGCCAUUUAUCCAUAGUGAUCUCCACUGCAGCACUCACAACAUGGACAGACUGGAUCUGUUACCAUAUUAUAUGUAUGUACUACUAAUUACUGUGGCACCUUGCUUUUGUUUACAGUAAAAUAAUGAGUUGAACUGCUGUUUAUCUGCUGAACUUUGUUAAAAAAACUUAUGUGCACUGGAAAUGAUGGAGCACUCCCUCCUAAUGUGAACAAAGUUUUUGUAUUCAUGGAGCAUAUUACUGCACAGUUGCACUGAUGCUGGCUUGUGAAUAUGUUUGUUUUGCUUUUUUUGCUCAUUUCUAAUGCAGGUAAUUUUGGGGGGAUUUACUAUGCUACUGAAUAUUCUUUCUGGUGAAGGAUAAAAGUCUUCAGGCUUGUGUGCUGGUGAUAAUGGAUGGGUAAACUGGUGUACAUGUCCUGUGUUGUAUGUGCUACAGUACUGCAAGACCAGCGAAUGUGUAUGGUUGUGUAUGAUGCAAAUAAACAAAAGUUGUACAUACGCA